AUGGCGAGGAUUUUAUUAGUAUUGUUGUGGAUGAGGUAUGUGUAUUGCGGUUUUUUUGAUCUGACGGACGUGGAUGAUCCGUUCUCUCUUCUUUGGAAUUCUAGACAACCUAAUUACAAAUUGACGGAGUGUAGAACACAAACUCAGAGUGGAAUAAAAUUUGGGGUUUGUACACCCCACAGCAAUUGUUUACUCUCUAAAGGAAAACCUAAUGGAUUUUGUGGAAUAUUUUCGACUUGCUGUGUGUUUGAAAGUACCUGUGGAAAAACUAGUAAUUCCAAGGUGGGAUAUUUUGAAGGUUCUGACCUGACCAGUUCGCUAGGUAGUUGCAGUUAUACAGUGAAACUCAAAAACACUAACGUGUGCCAAAUAAGAUUGGAUUUUGUGAAAUUCCAAUUAGCCCCAGCAACAUUGACAAACGUGGUCACCGCACCAUAUCCCGUCUUCAAAUGUUCCCACGAUAUGAUGAAGAUACAUCCGAAUCACUACAACGUUCCCAAUUUGUGUGGCAAUAAUGAUAAACAACAUGUUUAUAUCCAUGUGAACCAGUCCGAUGGUGUAACUAAGGGUGUCCAGUUGGACAUCACAUUAGCAGAUCGUGUUGCCAAUCCUCAGUUAGAGUCGCCUUCUUGGAAAAUAAAGGUAACACAGUUGGAGUGUCCUGGAAGGACCAAAGGAUUUAACUUGCCCAGCGAUGAAGCCGUCCAAGAUUUUCCUCUGUUAGCUCCUCUGGGUGCUAUUCAAUAUUUUACCGACACCACUGGUUACAUCAAGUCGUUUGGAUUUGAUGGA